UUGUAUGUUUGUAAUGUUGCAAAGUGACUUGUAAUAAUGUUAUAGUUUGAGAACUUAAGGAAUACAUAUGAAAAGCAUAUUAAUUGAGAAAUAAAAAUUUAUUUUCUGUCCAAAGACUGUGUUAAAAUAAAGACAUAAGUAAUAUAUUACAUAACUUGUAUAGACAUGGCGGCCGUCGUCCCGCGAACACAUGAAGAAAUUGAAGAAAAAAUUCGAGAAAUACAAGCUCGAGCUAGCUUAGCCGCAGCAGAAGGAGAAGAGAAUGGGGAAGGUGUUCCUCUCACUGCAUCUGCUGGUAUUUAUAUGGAUGAAGAUAUUUAUGGAGGCAGUAAAUCCAAAUAUGAGGGCUAUGUGACAUCAAUUGCUGCUAAUGAUGAAGCAGAUGCAGAUGAUGAUGACUAUGAAUCGACAACAUUAAUGAACAAUAAGAAAGCUGGGUUUACUGCACCAACAGCAUUUUUGCAAGAACUCCGAGGCGAUAAGGAUUAUGACCCAUUUGGUGACAGAAGAGUGCCUCGAAUUGUGGAUCGAGAGGAUGAGUAUCGUGCUCAAAGGAGGAAAUUCAUGAUUUCUCCUGAAAGACUGGAUCCUUUUGCUGAUGGUGGGAAAACACCAGAUGCACAAUCAAGAACAUACCAAGUUAUUAUGAGGGAGCAAGCCCUUAACAAAGAUCAGGUUGAAUUAAAAAAGAAAAUUUCUGAAAAAUCGAAAGCUGGUGAAUUGAAACCAACAGAAAAUGGUGAAGUGGCUGCCAAACCUGCCAAGCGUCGAAGAUGGGAUCAACCAGCAGGAGAUGAAACUCCAUCUACACCUGCUAAAAAGAAGGCAUCAAGCUGGGAUGCUGCUGAAUCACAUACUCCAUCAGCUAGUCGUUGGGAUGAAACACCUGGAAGAAUACCUAAAGGCUCUGAAACACCCGGCGCUACUCCUGGGCAGAGCACUAGAAUGUGGGAUGCCACUCCUGCUCAUGCAACACCUGGGGCUGCAACACCAGGCCAUGACACUCCUGGUCAUCGAGCUACGCCGAGUGCUCGCAGAAACAGAUGGGAUGAAACUCCCAAAACUGAUCGAGAAACACCUGCUCAUGGUAGCGGUUGGGCAGAAACUCCUCGCACUGACAGAACUGGUACAGAUUUAAUUCAAGAAACUCCAACUCCGAGUGCAAGCAAACGUCGAUCUCGAUGGGACGAAACUCCAUCAUCACAGUUAGGCAAUCAGACACCUCAGACUCCAUCUAUGAUGACCCCGAUGACUCCAAUGACUCCUAUGACUCCAAUAACUCCAAGUGGAAUAACUCCUACAGGUGCUAAGGCCAUGGGGAUGGCUACACCUACUCCAGGGCACAUAAUGGCUAUGACACCAGAGCAACUUCAGGCCUACAGAUGGGAAAGGGAAAUCGAUGAACGCAACCGACCACUAACAGAUGAUGAACUUGAAACUAUGUUUCCUCCUGGUUACAAAGUCCUUCAACCUCCAGCUGGUUACAUACCUAUUCGAACGCCAGCACGUAAGCUUACUUCUACACCCACUCCUCUUGGUGGAACAUCCGGAUUCUUUUUCCAGAAAGAAGAUCCUGUUAAAAUGAUGGAUACACAACCAAAAGGCAAUCUUCCACCUUUGAAACCUGAAGAUAUACAAUAUUUUGAUAAACUUCUUGCUGAUGUGGAUGAAGAAUCUUUAAGUCCAGAUCAACAGAAGGAAAGAAAAAUUAUGAAAUUACUUCUGAAGAUUAAAAAUGGAACACCACCUAUGCGAAAAGCUGCCUUACGUCAAAUCACAGAUAAAGCCAGAGAGUUUGGUGCUGGGCCAUUAUUUAAUCAAAUCCUUCCCCUUCUUAUGUCUCCGACAUUAGAAGAUCAGGAGAGACAUCUCUUGGUUAAAGUCAUAGAUCGUAUUCUAUACAAGUUAGAUGAUCUGGUGCGUCCUUAUGUCCAUAAGAUUCUUGUCGUCAUUGAACCUCUCUUGAUUGAUGAAGAUUACUAUGCUCGUGUUGAAGGUAGAGAAAUAAUUUCUAAUUUAGCAAAGGCUGCAGGGUUGGCAACUAUGAUUUCUACUAUGAGACCUGAUAUUGACAACAUUGAUGAGUAUGUAAGAAAUACAACAGCUCGUGCUUUUGCAGUCGUUGCUUCAGCUUUAGGUAUUCCAGCCCUUUUACCCUUUUUGAAAGCUGUGUGCAGGAGUAAGAAAUCCUGGCAGGCUCGUCACACUGGCAUAAAAAUUGUGCAGCAGAUAGCUAUUUUGAUGGGUUGUGCAAUUUUACCACAUCUUAGAAACUUGGUAGAAAUUAUUGAACAUG